UGGAUUUUGGCGACACUUUGCUGUUUUCCACGUCUGUCUUCACGGCGAUAAAAGCAAAGGAACCCUUCAAAAAGAAGACAUGGAAUUUGAUCGAAAGGUUUGGCUGCUCAUUCUUCUAAAACCUGAAAAUUCUGCUUGUGGAAAUUAUGCUGUGAACCUCCAAGUUUCAUAUCUGUAAGUAAACUCUAGUACAGGAGAAUCAGGAUGAAAAGAUGGCAGCCAUGCUUUUACCAACGGGUCCCGAUGGCUUGCGGCCGUUCACUCGCGAGUCCUUGGCUGCCCUGGAGCAGCGGAUUGCGGAGGAGCAGGCCAAGAACGCCAAGGAUUGCCAGGAGGCUCAGAGGAACGCAGAGCCUCCCAAACCCAGGGCCGACCUGGAGGCCGGCAAACAGCUGCCGCGCAUUUACGGCGACGUCCCGACAGAACUUAUCGGGAUGCCUCUGGAAGACAUCGAUCCGUUCUACUACAAGAACCAGAAGACUUUUAUAGUACUUAACAAAGGGAAGGCCAUCUUCAGAUUCAGUGCCACAUCUGCAAUUUACAUAUUUAGUCCUUUUCACUGCAUCAGAUCAGUCGCCAUAAAAAUCUUAGUUCAUGCAUUGUUCAGCUAUUUCAUAAUGUUCACAAUUCUGACCAACUGCUUCUUCAUGGCCAUGUCCGACCCCCCACAAUGGACCAAGUACUUGGAAUAUACCUUUACUGGCAUUUACACUUUCGAGUCAUUAAUAAAGAUAUUAGCGAGAGGAUUCUGUAUAAUGCCGUUCACCUUCUUGAGGGACCCGUGGAACUGGCUGGACUUCACUGUCAUUGUCAUGGCAUACGUGACAGAAUUCGUGGACCUGGGAAACGUCUCUGCACUGAGAACCUUCAGAGUACUGAGAGCACUGAAAACCAUCUCGGUUAUUCCAGGCCUGAAGACCAUCGUGGGCGCCCUGAUCCAGUCUGUGAAGAAGCUGGCUGACGUGAUGAUCCUCACCGUCUUCUGUCUCAGUGUGUUUGCGCUCAUCGGCCUGCAGCUUUUCAUGGGGCUCCUGCGGCAAAAGUGCGUCCGCAGCUUCGCCCACUGCGUCAACUCUUCACAUGACCACAACACCUCUUUCAUCUGCAACAACAGAACCUGGAGCUCCACCGCAGACUUCAUCACCAGCGAAGAGAAUUUUUACAAAGUUGAAGGAGCAAAGGAUGCCUUAAUAUGUGGAUACGGAAGUGACGCAGGGAAGUGUCCAGAUGGAUUUGACUGCCUAAAAAUAGGAAGGAAUCCAAACUAUGGCUACACCAGUUUCGACACCUUCGGUUGGGCUUUUCUGGCACUUUUCCGACUCAUGACUCAAGAUUACUGGGAAAAACUGUUUCACCAGACUUUGCGCUCAGCAGGAAAGACCUACAUGGUUUUCUUUGUGCUGGUGAUCUUCUUGGGGUCCUUCUACCUGGUCAACCUAAUCCUGGCCGUUGUGGCCAUGGCCUACGAGGAGCAGAAUCAGGCAACCAUUGCCGAGGCCUGGCAGAAGGAGAGGGAGUUUCAGCUGGCCAUGGAGCACCUCAGAAGAGAGCAAAGAUUGGCAGCAAGAAGACAAGCGCAGGAGACGGAUUCAGCGCUGUCCCCCGAGCUGUCCCCGUUCUGUCAGAAGACAGGAAGUACACGACGAAGCAGCAGCAGAAGAAGAAGAUCUCACAGGACGCUUUCAGAGGAGACAGCAGAGGAAGCCGCUGAUGAGAAACUGGACCCUGAAGACGACCCAAUGCCCCCUCUGUCGCCCAUGCCAGUCCACCCCCUGCUGGCCACGCUGUCCUCUCACCCCCUCAGUACGAGGAGAGGAAGCCAGGUCAGCAUCUUCAGCGCGUUCCGGGCUCGCAACAACUCGGAGGCCGACUUCGGGGACGACGAGUACAGCACUCAUGGCGACGUCUUCAGGAGCCGUGCCAGCUCCACAGCAACACCCUGGAAACGGAGAACCGGCAGCGUGAGGAGCCAUUGCUCUCAAGUGUUCACCCCCAGCCUGAACGUCAAUGGACGGCUGAACGUCUCCCUGGAUCAGAACGGGGUGACCUCCGUGGGCCUGCUCACGCCGACGUCCAUGCCAGCUUACAGCAUGGAGAGAGUCAGGGAAGACACAGUAUUUUCAGUCUACCGGAAGCCAUCCAAUGCAGAGGAUACAACUCCCAGACCUAUUCUGCAGCCUUCCCCGACGGUGACGGACCCUCCUCCGGUGCCCAGGAAAAGAGGCUUUAGCUCUGUCAGCUUUCUGAGCGACGCCAUGGAUGAGCUGGAGGAGUCAAGGCAAAAGUGCCAUCCAUGCUGGUACACGUUCGCCAAGAAGUAUCUGAUAUGGGACUGCUGCCCCUGGUGGCUGAAGCUGAAAGAGUGGGUGAAGCUCAUGGUGAUGGAUCCAUUUCUUGAUCUGGGGAUUACGAUAUGCAUUGUGCUGAACACCCUCUUCAUGGCCCUGGAGCACUACCCCAUGACUGACGAGUUCAACACCAUGCUCUCAGUGGGAAAUCUGGUUUUCACUGGGAUCUUUACAGCUGAAAUGGUGCUGAAGCUGAUCGCCAUGGACCCCUAUUACUAUUUCCAACAGGGCUGGAACAUCUUUGAUGGCAUCAUUGUUUGCCUCAGCCUCAUGGAGUUGGGCCUGUCCAAUGUAGAGGGACUGUCCGUCCUGCGAUCCUUCAGACUGUUACGAGUCUUCAAGCUGGCUAAGUCCUGGCCCACUCUCAACACUCUCAUAAAGAUCAUUGGUAACUCAGUGGGUGCCCUGGGAAAUCUGACGCUGGUGCUGGCCAUCAUCGUCUUCAUCUUCGCUGUGGUGGGCAUGCAGCUGUUUGGCAAGAACUAUCAGGACUGUGUGUGCAAGAUCUCCUUUAACUGUCAGCUGCCUCGGUGGCACAUGAAGGACUUCUUCCACUCCUUCCUGAUUGUGUUCAGGGUGCUGUGCGGCGAGUGGAUCGAAACCAUGUGGGACUGUAUGGAGGUGGCUGGGCAGCCCCUCUGCAUCCUGGUGUUCAUGUUGGUCAUGGUCAUAGGAAACUUAGUGGUGCUGAAUCUAUUUCUGGCUCUGUUGCUCAGCUCCUUCAGCUCGGACAAUCUCUCCGCUCCGGAGGACGACGGAGACUUGAAUAACAUUCAGAUCGCCAUCGCCCGCAUCCACGCCGGCGUCUCCUGGCUGGUCUCCAGCGUUAUCGGUCUCUUUAACCGCAGCCUGAAGGGUCAAAGGCAGAAGGCCAAGGAAGCCACUCAGGCCGCAAAGCCAGUUGGGAAUCACCUGGAAAGCAAUGGGGGAAUUUUUGGAUGCUAUGGAGAGAAGUAUGUCAUCCCGGAGGAGGACAGCUAUAUGACCAACCCCAACCUGACCAUCGUCGUUCCCAUCGCGCCCGGGGAGUCGGAUGUGGAGUUUCUGGAGGAAGAAGAGAUUUCAGAGAUCUCAGAAGACGAAGACAACAAACCAGAGCAGAUCAGCCUGUCGGAGGGCAGCACGGUGGAUCUGAGGAAGCCGGGAGAAGAGGCAGACAAUUUCUCUGAGCUGGCUGAGGAGAGCUUGGAGCCCGAGGAAUGCUUCCCAGAAUUUUGCAUGAGGCACUGCCAGUGCUGCAACAUCAACACCAGCCAGGGCCUGGGCCAGGUGUGGUGGAGGCUGAGGAAGACCUGCUACCAGAUAGUGGAGCACAGCUGGUUCGAGACGUUCAUCAUCUUCAUGAUCCUGCUCAGCAGCGGCGCUCUGGCGUUCGAAGACAUCUACAUUGAAAAGAGAAAAGUCAUCAAGGUGGUGUUGGAGUAUGCUGACAAGAUCUUCUCCUACAUCUUCGUGCUGGAGAUGUUUCUUAAAUGGAUCGCAUACGGCUUCAAGAAGUACUUCACCAACUACUGGUGCUGGCUCGACUUUCUUAUUGUAGAUAUCGCCACAGACCGCUCUAUUGUUAGGGUGUCCUUGAUUAGCCUGGUGGCAAAUUCUCUGGGGUAUUCCGACUUCGCUGCCAUCAAGUCUCUUCGGACGCUCCGGGCUUUGAGGCCUCUCAGAGCUCUGUCCAGAUUUGAAGGCAUGAGGGUGGUGGUGAACGCCCUCAUCGGCGCCAUCCCCUCCAUCAUGAACGUGCUGCUCGUCUGUCUGAUCUUCUGGCUCAUCUUCAGCAUCAUGGGCGUCAACCUGUUUGCCGGCAAGUUCGGGAAGUGCGUGAACAGGACGGGCUUCAUCCACAGCGUCUCCAUCGUCAACAACAAGUCGGAGUGCCUCUCCAUGAACGACACGCAGUUCUACUGGACCAAAGUAAAGGUCAACUUUGACAACGUGGGACUCGGCUACCUUUCCCUUCUGCAAGUGGCAACAUUUAAGGGUUGGAUGGAAAUAAUGUAUGCAGCUGUUGAUUCAAGAGGAGUGGAGGAACAACCCAUCAGAGAAAUCAACCUCUACAUGUACAUCUACUUCGUGAUCUUCAUCAUAUUCGGCUCCUUCUUCACCCUCAACCUUUUCAUUGGUGUCAUCAUUGAUAAUUUCAAUCAGCAGAAAAGAAAGUUAGGUGGACAGGACAUUUUCAUGACUGAGGAGCAAAAGAAGUACUACAAUGCAAUGAAGAAGUUAGGCACGAAGAAACCCCAAAAGCCGAUACCAAGGCCUACGAACAUCCUGCAGGCGUUCUUCUUCGACCUGGUGUCCAGGCAGGCCUUCGACAUCAUGAUCAUGAUGCUCAUCAUCGUCAACAUGGUGACCAUGAUGAUGGAGACCGACGAGCAGUCGCAGCACAUGGAGUUCAUCCUCAACAUGAUCAACCUGGUCUUCAUCGUGAUCUUCACCACCGAAUGCCUGAUCAAGAUCUUUGCCCUUCGCUGUUAUUUCUUCACCGUUGCAUGGAACAUUUUUGAUUUUGUGGUUAUAAUUUUGUCUAUUGUGGGAAUCGUUCUUGCCGACAUCAUUGAGAAGUACUUUGUGUCGCCGACCCUUUUCCGAGUCAUCAGACUGGCGAGGAUCGGACGUGUGCUUCGACUUAUACGUGCAGCCAAAGGAAUAAGGACUUUACUGUUUGCCUUAAUGAUGUCCAUGCCGGCACUCUUCAACAUCGGCCUCCUGCUUUUCCUCGUCAUGUUCAUCUACGCCAUCUUCGGUAUGGCGAACUUUGCGUACGUGAAAAAGCAAGACGGGAUCGACGACAUGUUCAACUUCGAGACCUUCGGGAACAGUAUGAUCUGCCUUUUUCAGAUCAGCACCUCCGCAGGUUGGGACAACCUCCUGAGCCCCAUCAUGGCCAGUUCCCCGGACGAGUGUGACGUUCACUUUGUCAAUACAGGCACCAACACCCGGGGAAACUGUGGGAGCCCCUCAGUGGGCAUCGCUUUCUUUGUCAGCUACAUUAUCAUUUCUUUCCUCAUCGUGGUAAAUAUGUACAUAGCUAUCAUCCUGGAGAACUUCAGCGUCGCCACCGAGGAGAGCACCGAGCCGCUGAGCGAAGACGACUUCGAAAUGUUCUAUGAGGUCUGGGAGAAGUUCGAUUCCGAGGCCACGCAGUUCAUCGAGUUCUCCAUGCUGUCGAGCUUCGCCGACACGCUGUCGGAGCCGCUGCGCAUCGCAAAGCCCAACAAGAUCAAGCUGAUCGCCAUGGACCUCCCCAUGGUCAGCGGGGACCGGAUCCACUGCCUGGACAUCCUGUUUGCCUUCACGAAGCGCGUCCUGGGGGAGUCAGGUGAAAUGGACGCCCUCAAGCAGCAGAUGGAGGAGAAAUUCAUGAUGACCAACCCCUCCAAAAUAUCCCACGAGCCUAUCACCUCCACGCUGCGGCGCAAACUGGAGGAGGUGUCCGCCAUCAUCAUCCAAAGAUGCUACAGGAGACAUCUGGUGCGCCGGCAGAUGAAGCAGGCGUCCUACCUCUACAGACAGAUCAACUACGAGGCUGUGGUGGACGUGGAAAACGCCCCGGAGAGAGAGGGGCUCAUAGCGUCCAUGAUACAGCAUUACGGGCCGACGGGGGUGGACUUCAUGCAGAUAACGGAGGACGUGCUGAUGUCCUCACCGCCGUCCUACGACAGCGUGACCAGGGCGGCCUCCAUGACCCUCUCCGAGGCGGCCAGAGAUCCGGAACUCGCUGAGCAUGGCGAAAACUACGAGGAGACCUUUCUUUGAGACUCAGUCGUGUGCAGAGUAAUUGCAGUGCUUUGGAUUGCUUUGUUUACAGUGGAGAAUGCACAGUAGAUCAAAAUCGCCCACA